AUGUGGAUGAGGGAGGAGGGCGGAAGAAGGGACACCUGGAGCAGGAGAAACGCAGAGGAAGUGGUGAUGGUGAUCAACCCGGACAGUGCGGCUUCGACGUACUACCAGUUCGAGUGUGAUCCGGUCAUCAACAAGGAAGGCGCGGUGUUCCGCGAUGUGUUGGACGGGGAUGUGUUUCAGACCUUCAAGGUGCAGAUCCGCGACAAUAGGUGCUUACUGACACCAGAGAAGUACACGGACGGGAAGAUCGAGCCUUACACAACACGUAUCCUCAUUAACGAGGACAAGUUGGUUAAGAAGGACGGUGGCGUACAUUACCAUCCUGAUUGCGACGGUAUGGCGUUAUGCAGCGCGAACUUCGACGAAUCAAUGUGUGCACCACCUGAAGCAAAUUUACAAGCAAGAGCUGCGACAGCUUGA